CGCCAGAGCAAACGCGAGCCCAGAAGCCGCAGCCUACAGAGAAAAACCACCCGGAGGGCACGUUUUCCCCCCAGAAGCCCUGAAGUUUUGGCGGGCGAGAGAAAGGGGUGUCCAAGAGGGCAGCGCUGGGAGGAGGGGGCGGCGACGACGAGCAGCCCAGCAACAUCUGUAAAACUUGAAGGAGGCGGCGGAGAGGAGCGCGCGAGACGGAGAAAAGCUAGAGGGACAACUUUUCCGACACGUAUUAGUGCAAGGAGAGCUGAAGUAAUGAGAAGUCAUCAUGGAGGCGCAGUCCCAUAGCUCUACCACAACUGAGAAGAAAAAAGUGGAGAAUUCCAUUGUGAAAUGCUCCAGUCGAACAGAUGUCAGUGAGAAAGCUGUUGCCUCCAGCACAACUUCCAAUGAGGAUGAAAGUCCUGGGCAGACCUAUCACAGAGAGAGAAGGAACGCGAUCACAAUGCAGCCGCAGGGUGGGCAAGGCCUCGGCAAGAUCAGUGAAGAGCCUUCCACGUCGAGUGAGGAAAGGGCCUCAUUAAUCAAGAAGGAGAUCCAUGGAUCUAUAUCGCACCUUCCCGAACCUUCUGUACCUUACCGCGGAACGCUCUUUACCAUGGACCCCCGAAAUGGUUACAUGGACCCUCAUUACCAUCCUCCUCACCUUUUUCCAGCAUUCCACCCUCCUGUACCAAUUGAUGCGAGACAUCAUGAGGGACGUUACCAUUAUGAACCAUCUCCCAUUCCUCCUCUGCAUGUGCCUUCUGCCUUAUCUAGUAGCCCAACAUACUCAGAGCUUCCAUUCCUUAGAAUUUCCCCGCACCGAAAUCCUGCUGCAACAUCAGAGUCUCCCUUCAGCACCCCUCACCCAUACAUUAACCCCUACAUGGACUACAUCAGGUCCCUGCACAGCAGCCCGUCCCUCUCCAUGAUCUCGGCAGCCCGUGGACUCAGCCCAACAGACGCUCCACACGCUGGCGUCAGUCCAGCUGAAUAUUAUCAUCAGAUGGCUCUGUUGGCAGGCCAGCGCAGCCCGUAUGCAGACAUCAUUCCUUCAGCUGCCACUGCAGGAGCCGGGGCUCUUCAUAUGGAGUAUCUUCAUGCCAUGGAUAGUGCCAGGUUUCCGAGUCCGAGGCUGUCAGCCAGACCAAGCCGAAAGCGUACGUUGUCCAUAUCCCCCCUGUCUGAUCACAGCUUUGACCUUCAGACCAUGAUACGGACAUCUCCAAAUUCCUUGGUCACAAUUCUCAAUAAUUCUCGUAGCAGUUCGUCAGCCAGUGGUUCUUAUGGCCACUUAUCUGCAAGUGCAAUAAGCCCUGCUCUGAGUUUCACAUACCCUCCUACACCAGUAUCCCUCCAGCAAAUGCAUCAGCAAAUUAUAAGUCGUCAGCAAACCCUAGGUUCAGCCUUUGGACACAGCCCUCCACUCAUCCAUCCUGCUCCAACUUUUCCUACCCAGAGACCAAUCCCCGGCAUCCCCAGUGUCCUGAACCCUGUCCAGGUCAGCUCUGGACCUUCUGAGUCCACACAGCAGAAUAAACCCACAAGUGAAUCUGCAGUGAGCAGCACAGGAGACCCCAUGCACAACAAGCGCUCCAAGAUAAAGCCUGACGAGGACCUCCCCAGCCCAGGAGCAGGAAGCAUGCAGGAACAGCCAGAAGGAAUGACCUUGGUAAAAGAGGAAGGGGACAAAGAUGAAAACAAACAGGAGCCUGAAGUGGUCUAUGAGACAAACUGCCACUGGGAAGGCUGUUCCCGGGAGUUUGACACGCAGGAACAGCUAGUGCAUCAUAUCAACAAUGACCACAUACAUGGUGAGAAGAAAGAAUUUGUGUGCCGAUGGCUGGAUUGUUCCCGGGAGCAGAAACCUUUCAAAGCCCAGUAUAUGCUGGUGGUCCACAUGAGGAGACAUACAGGGGAAAAGCCACACAAAUGCACUUUUGAAGGUUGUACAAAGGCCUACUCCAGACUAGAAAACUUGAAAACGCACUUGAGAUCUCACACUGGAGAGAAACCAUAUGUGUGUGAACAUGAAGGCUGCAACAAAGCUUUCUCCAAUGCAUCUGACAGGGCCAAGCACCAAAACAGGACUCAUUCCAAUGAGAAACCAUAUGUUUGCAAGAUACCGGGCUGCACAAAGCGCUACACAGACCCCAGCUCUCUCCGGAAGCACGUGAAGACCGUGCAUGGCCCGGAGGCACACGUCACCAAGAAGCAGCGGGGAGAUAUCCACCCGAGGCCUCCGCCACCAAGAGACCCAGGCAGCCACUCUCAGACCCGGUCACCAGGCCAUCAGACUCAGGGUGCAGUUGGUGAGCAGAAGGACCUCAGCAACACUACCUCAAAGCGUGAAGAAUGCCUCCAAGUGAAAGCAGUCAAGUCAGAAAAACCAAUGACAUCUCAGCCAAGCCCUGGUGGUCAGUCUACAUGCAGCAGCGAACAGUCCCCCAUCAGCAACUAUUCCAACAAUGGGAUCGAGCUUACUCUGACCAGUGGUGGUAGUGUAGGAGACCUCAGUGUCAUCGAUGAAACCCCAAUCAUGGACUCUACCAUUUCCACAGCCACCACAGCACUUGGCUUACAGGCCAGGAGGAAUAUGACAGGGACCAAAUGGAUGGAGCAAGUGAAAUUAGAAAGGUUGAAACAAGUUAAUGGAAUGCUUCCAAGACUGAACCCCGUUCCACCUUCCAAAGCCCCGACCUUGCCGCCUCUCAUAGGAAAUGGUACCCAGUCGAACAGCAGCUGCAGUGUUGGAGGAUCCAUGACUAUUCUGCCGAACAGGAAUGAACUCUCAAGUACGGACAUCACUGUGUUGAACAUGAUGAACAGGAGGGACAGCAAUACUAGCACAAUCAGUUCAGCCUACCUGAGCAGCCGCAGGUCCUCUGGAAUCUCACCUUGCUUCUCCAGCCGGAGGUCGAGCAAUGCCUCCCAGGCAGAGGGAAGACCACAGAACGUGAGCGUUGCAGACUCCUAUGACCCCAUCUCGACAGAUGCCUCCCGGCGCUCCAGUGAAGUGAGCCAGUGUGAUGAUCUGCCAAGUCUUCUCAGCCUCACCCCAGCCCAGCAAUACAGGCUGAAAGCUAAAUAUGCAGCAGCUACUGGUGGACCCCCACCAACUCCACUGCCUAACAUGGAGAGGAUGAGCCUCAAGACAAGGAUGGCACUCUUGGGAGACUGCAGGGAGUCUGGAGUAUCUCCGCUGCCUCCAGUGAAUGUCCCUCGAAGAUGUAGUGAUAGUGGGGCAAAUGGUUACAGCAGGAGGCAUUUUCUGUCUCAUGAAGUUUUAGGAAAUGGGACGAGGAGAGCCAGUGAUCCAGUCAGAAUGGCCUCUGACAAUCUCUCUGUCCCGAGAGUCCAGCGUUUCAACAGUCUUAAUAGCUUUAACCCUCCUGCUUUGCCUCCAUCCAUGGAAAAGCGCAACCUUGUUCUUCAGAACUACACCUGUUCUGAAGGUGGCGUCUUCCGUGACUUCAGCUCCCCCUGUCCUCCAAGCAUCAGCGAGAACGUCACCCUGGAGGCUGCUACAAUGGAAGCAGGUAGCAGUCUGAAUGAUGAGGAUCUCCUGCCAGAUGAUGUAGUCCAGUAUCUGAAUUCCCAGAACCAGGGCAUGUACGACCAUUUGUUGAACAGUGUCCUAGACAGCAACAAAACGCAUCACAGCUCAGUUUCAGGAAACAACCUCAGCAACUUUGAUCAAGCCCCUCCACUGAGCAGUCAGCAGGCGGGUCCCGAGGCAAAUAAGAGCGACUUGCCCAUACAGUGGAAUGAAGUAAGCUCAGGAAGUUCUGACUUAUCUCCAUCAAAGCUGAAAUGUGGUCAGCGGUCAGCAGUGCAGCAGGCUCGGGCCUUCAGACUGUAUAACAAUAUGAUGGUUCAGCAGCAGAACCUGGAGAGAAGCAACAUGGCCCAGCAGAAUGGCUAUCAGAACCUGGUGGAGAACAACACUGCCUACAGUUUACAGCAAAACAUGACUCUUGGCAGUGGAGCUGGGAAUUCUUUUAGCAUGCAAUCCAACAAGCCUUACAGUGAAAGCAUAGGUAGGCAAGCAAUGAUGUCUGGGUUGACAGACAAUUCCUGUGGCAUGGCAGUGCAAGGGCAGAAGCUGAGAAUUAGCAACAUGCCAGCAAAUGGGAACCAGCAAAAUUUCAGCCAUCCCCUGGCAUCCAGCGAUCAAACCACCAGUAUGGCAAACGGGAUGCAGGACAGAAAUAUGAUGGAACAGGAAUAUUUGCAAAGCCAGCCAGUUGGAGAUGGCGUUCAGUACCAGGGAGUCAAUCAAUCUGGUCAAAUGAUGCUAGGGCAGGUUAAUCCUACCUCACAAGGCAGCCUGUAUCAAGGCUCACAGAGUUGUCCACUGAUGUCUCACACCAUUGGUAGCCAGCCUUCAGGCUUGUCAGUGGCCAAAAGUUACCAGUCAUGCUCUAAUUACAGCAGCAACAGACGGCAAAACAUGUUGAGAAACAACCUGUCCCAACAGCAAAGACACAUAGAUGAGGGCCAGACAUACAGGGUAAACACCAUUAAGAUGGAAAUGCAAGGUCAAUCACAGCAGUUCUGCUCUAACAUGCAGAAUUACUCUGGUCAGUUAUAUGACCAAACUGUGGGCUUUAGCCACCAAGCUAUGAAAACAGGUUCUUUCUUUGGUUCAGAAGCCAGCUGCCUGCUGCAGGGGACUGCAACUGAAAACUCAUCUGAUCUUCUUUCCCCAGGGGCUAACCAAGUGUCAAGCACAGUUGACAGCAUUGACAACGACAGUCUAGAGAGUGUGCAGAUAGAUUUUGAUGCUAUCAUUGAUGAUGGGGACCAUGUCAGCUUAAUUUCGGGAGCCCUGAGCCCAAGUAUCAUUCACAAUGUCUCCCGCAAUUCCUCACGCCUCACCACUCCCCGAGCAUCUCUUACAUUCCCAGCUAUGCCUGUAAGCACAACCAACAUGGCUAUUGGGGACAUGAGCUCUUUGUUGACCUCACUUGCAGAAGAAAGCAAGUUUCUUGCUGUUAUGCAAUAGACAUACAAAACAAAAAACACUUAGGAGAUAACAGAUGGAAAAAGAAAAAGACUCAUAUUUUUUAGUUGUGUAUGUAUUUU